AUGUCCAAUCCACUCCAACUCCCACCCAUUCCCGUCCUUCUGGGCGAUUCCAAUCUGAAAACAUGGAAUCGAUCUCUCAAAGAUUCAGCCCAAGCUUCUGGACUAUGGAAGUACUUCACACAGGUCAUCACUCCAGAUCAGGAAGAUCCUGCCUCUCUUUCAAUCAACCGAGCAAAGGCACGAGCCCUGAUGGGUGCAAGCCUAGUCAAGGUCGAAGACGAACUCGUCGCUGCUGGAUGGGAUAUCAACAACGAAGAAGACCCAAAAGCAAUUUACGACCUGGUCAUCAAAACCAUUCCCCGACAAUCAGAAAACAACCUACCUGAGCUGUUCUACGAGCUCAUAUCUGCCAAAAUCGAGACUGGCACUCCUCUUGCACAAUGGAACACCCGCUUCCAUCUAACUCUCGGCAGAGUUAAGGCACUCGGUAUCGACCUGGGCGAUAAAGGCGCCAUUCUUCUAACGCUGAAAGCGGUCAAAGAUCGAUAUCCUCAAUGGCACGCAUUCCUCGAGCGCGACAACAACAAAGGCAUUCUGACGUGGAAGGACCUACAGACAGAGGUUACCAGGAAAUGUCACGAAGAAUCCAACAGCAAGGAUCUAGCAUUCGCCUCCCACGCCAGAAACCCUCCUCACAACCGUUCACAGCAAGCUCAACAGCAAAAGGGUUCAGAUACGGCAAAUCAGCCAAAAAGAACUUACUGCCAAACUUGUCAAUACUCUCACAAGCCAGACCUGCCUUUCCACCAAGCCUGCGGCAGGCACCAUACUGGUGGUGACGACUCUUGCUACUUACUCCAUCCAGAACUGAAGCCGAAAUGGGAGAAAGCUGGCGGCAAACAGACCACACCUCCCGGCGAAGGACACGCUUCCAAGGCCAGCCUGAACGUGGGAAGCAGUCUUGUCAACUAUACAAACCAUCAAGUCUCUUGGAUGGCAGUUAGUUCAUCACUUCACAAAGACACCAUUGCUGUCGAUUCCUGCUGCAAUGGCACAAUGUUCAAUGACAAGAAGUGGUUUCAUCAAUACCGCGACCUCGACGAACCCAUACUUUUUGGCGCUUCUGAUGGCAACUCUGCUGAAGCUGUCGGCAUCGGAGCCAUCCAGUUCCAGGCCAAACGAUCCGACGGUGGGAUCACCAAUUUCAUCCUAGACAACGUCGUUUUCUGUCCCACAGCACCUUGCAACCUUCUUAGCGAGCACCAUCUUGCCACGGUUGAUAUUCUCCGUGGAUCUUGGGGCGAACCUCUUCGAAUGAGACAAAACCGCCAGGAAGCGGCUCGAUUGACAUAUACCACGGGUAUCCCUGUCCUAGACAUCGUCAACGUCCCAGAGGAUGCUAAACCGGUCUCACUUGUUGCUAUCAAUCUGGGAGUAAUACAUAGACGCUUUAUGCAUGCUAACUUUGAGAGGGUUAGAAUUGCCUGCGAGAAGGAAGGUCUGAAGCUGAAGAUGCCAGAAGAUACCCACUGUCCUGCUUGCAUGACUGGGAAAAGCUGCCAGCAGGUUCGACGAAUCCCGGCAACACCAGCAACUUGCCCACUUCAAGUCCUCUACAUGGACACGCUCUAUCAUCAACCCACUGGCCUCACGGGUUAUCUUUACUCUGUUCACUUUACAGACAGCUAUAGCAGCUAUCGAUGGAUCUUGUUCGCUCGUUCGAAAGACGAGAUCUGCGCUAAGAUCAUCACCUUCCUUAAGACUCUUCAAGUCCAGACCAAGCUGACACUUCAGAUCCUGUUUUCAGAUAACGGACGCGAGUUCCUUGGCAACGAUGGACAACUCAAGUCUUACUUAGCUGGGAACGGCACCAAAUAUGAACGAACCGUACCUGGUACACCGGCGCAGCACGGAAGAGCCGAGAAGACUGGAGAUAUCAUAAUGACGCCAGCACGAUGUGCAAUCCUUGCAUCAAAGCUCCCGGAAUCCCUUUGGCCAUGGGCGGAGGAAUGUUCGACUGAGUUGGCAAACUUAUUGCCGACGAGAGCCAAUCCUGGCAGCGAAUCGCCUCAUCAACGGCUCUGUACCUAUCUACAACUGAAUGACGAAGCUUCUGCCCAACAUCUACUUCAUCUCCGAACCUGGGGAUCACUAGCAUACGUUCAUAUCAACAAAAAAAAACGUCAACAAUCAGCCAAAGUCCGAGCCAGAGCUCGUAAAGGCUACCUGGUCGGCUACCGUGAUCGCCGAGCCAAGAUAUACAAGAUCUAG